CCGAAAACUUUGGCGAAAAGGUCCAACCUUUGACCUUUUCUUGUCAAAAUUACCCACAAUUCAGUGCGUCAACGUGAUAAUUUCUUUUCUAGCUAUAUCCCAAGCCAAGUAACAUGAAAGCGAAGGGAGAGCUCCAAGAAUACAAGGUUGUUGGGCGUAAACUGCCAUCCGAGGCAGUCCCCAACCCACCUUUGUACCGAAUGCGAUUAUUUGCUCCAAACCACAUCGCUGCCAAAUCAAGAUUCUGGUAUUACAUUUCUUACUACAAGAAGAUUAAGAAGAAUGCCGGUGAGAUAUUGCAAUGUAGCAAGCGAUCCGAACCACGACCUGGUCGUGUCAAGAACUUCGGUAUUUGGUUGAGAUACGAUUCUCGCAGUGGAACUCACAACAUGUACAGAGAGUACCGUGAUGUGAAAGUAGCAAGUGCUGUUACCGCUUGUUACCGAGACAUGGGUGCUCGCCAUCGUGCCAGACCUGGCUCCAUUCAAAUCAUGAGAGUGGAAGAAGUGGCUGCUAAUAAAUGCAAGCGAAAGCAUGUUCAACAGUUCCAUGAUUCCAAGAUUAAAUUCCCCAUGCGAAGAACUGUAUUGAGCAAAAAGCAGCAGAAUGCACCGCGUUUCACAACCAACAAACCAAACCUGUUCUUCUAAGAAUUGAGCAGAAAUAAAACAACUUUAUGAAA